UUGGCUAAAUGAGAGGCAAAGUCACAUUUAAUCACUGUUACACCGGGGUGAGAUAAUUGACUACUAAUAAUUUUCUAUAAAAGCCAAGAAAGGUCUGGCCUCAUUAUGUUGUUUUGGCUACUGACAACAGUGCAUUGUUGCUUUGCCAGAAUAGUUAGCGGGUUGUUACUGUUGCUAGAAUUGUAACCCUGGCUGUCACAGGUGCACUGUAAACACAUGUUUACAUUUUACUAAUUGUUUUAGUGGAAAUAUAUUUUAUUGUAUUUGUUUUUCCCCAACUCCAAGCUUCAACCUUUUUUUAUCUAUUUGCUUCUUUGCAGCUGUUGAAUGUAAAUGGAUAUUCACACAGAAUAUAAUUUACAAGCAUAGUUUCUACAAGCCUAUAGAAACCUUCAGAAAAGCAGUAGCUAGAAUGAUAGAAGGAUUUGAUUAGAUGAAUUCUUUGAAAACUUAAACAUUUUAUUAACUUAAUGAAAUAAUUAACAAGCUGGCCAGUGCCACAAUGGGUUGAGUUUGACAGUGAAAUACACUUUUUUAUUUUAAUACAGUUUUUAUUUCUCUGCAUACAGGAUGUCUAAAUUUGGCAAAGUUACUAUCUAAAGAUUAAUUAUUACUCUGUGUGUGCUUGUCUAAGUUUCUCAUUAUUUCUCACUCUGCACGAGUCAGAAACUUCCGUUAAUUAAUUUUCCAAAACAACCUCAAGUCCAAAUCUUCCUGAGAGUCAGUCUGCAAAGUAGGCCACCAAUGAAACAGCCUGUAAAUAUAGAUAUCAAGUGUUAAAUGUUCAAGACCGGCACAUGUCCACAAUAUCAGAUAACUGACUUUGUACUUGUGGGGGACAACAGUUAAAAAUAGACUCACACCUCAAGACCGCCGGCUCUGCCUGAGCUCAUACUGAAGUCCUACAUCAUAGGUCUAUAUCCUCGACCACACGGCUAUGAAAAGGGUACUGAAUAUAAAACAAAAGGAUACAGUUGGACUAACAGGAAAAAAUUACACCAGAAAAGUCAGACACAAAUAAUGUGCAUGCAGAACUUAAGGCCCUUCAUCCCUGAGGUUUCCGUUUGAAAGCUAGAGUCUUGCUGCUGACAAGCUCCUCGAGCAGCACAGCUAGAGGUCCCGAUGGAUCUGUCACUCCUUCACACGGAUCGCCAAACACAGUCACCACCAGCUCUUACUGACAGUCAAAGUGGGGAUUUAGACUCUCUUUCUAUUCUGCACAGCCCCACAGAAAACAUGCUGUCUGCAUACCAGACAGGAGCAGACACUGUGCACAAUUUCUCAGACCGCACUGACAAAUCAACCGAGACUUUAUCAAACAUUUCCAAAUGCCCCUCUCAGCAGAAUAGCACUGACUCAGACUGUUUGAAGCCUUUAUCAUCCAGUAAUAAUAUGUCGCUUUGCUCAGAGCCCGCACCUAAGGAUGAUGAUUUCAGGGUUUGUAGCUAUUUUGGCUCAUCAGAACCUGUGUUACCUCUUCUACCUCACCUCUCUCAUGAUCUUAUUUCCCCACUGUCUGGAUCUUUUUCAGAAUUUUACGUUAAACAAGAAUCAGCUCUUUCCUUUUCUCUCAUACAAGGGAAUAGUACACCUCAAUCUUUUGGGGUCAUGUUGUCUACUUCUGAGGAUUUGAUGGAGCCAUCAGUCACUGAGCCUCUCUCCAGCCGCGGCUUCAGUUCUGAACACAGUCAAGCCACUAAUCUAUUAAGGUCAUUAUCACAUCAGUCAGAUAGUUUAGAGAGUGACACAGCUAUAGCACCUGUGUCAGACCUUUAUAUCUUUGAGAGUGAGACACAGGACUUCAUCAUGAACGUCGAUGCCCAGGAGAUUAAAUGUCCUGAAUACCAGCUGUUAUCACAAACAGGGGGUGGAGAACCUGACUGCGAUACACAUGUCCUGAUGUGUGAGUCAGAAAAGGUGGUGACACAAUGUCAUCAUGGAUCUCGUGAGGAACGAGCUUUGGUGGACUAUGAGUCACAUGCGAGCCAACAUACAAGGAUAACACCACCUGCUGUGGAUGCUUGUGAGGCAGGCUUGAUGUCAGUAAAUGAUGCGAGGCGAGGGAAAGCAGAGGUCACUAAUUUAACCCCCCAGCCAUGGCGAAGUGACAGCCCCAUCGAGCUGUGGCUGGACGCAUGCCAGUAUCUGGUAGGUGAGGAUACAGAAGAUAGGGAUGUUGAUCACUCUGUGAUGCAAGGAGGGCUCAUGGCCACCGGUGACUUGUCUUUUCACGUUGGAGAGACGCAAGUGUCAGGUUACAACCCUGAUGGUAGCGAGGGGGUUGGCUGGUCCGACAAUGACGCCAGAGGCUGGGGGCCACCGGUUAAGAGGUGGUCGUCAAUGGACAGCUGGGCAAGUGCACUCUCAGACUGGACUAAUGUCAUCACAGCUCCCCCCGAGGACUUUACAGCUGCCUUCACAGAGAUAGGGGCUGAGAUAGAUGCUUUGACACAGGCUCUAGCAGAGGUAAACACUCAUAUAGAUACAGAGGCAUCUGUAUCAAGGCAUCAAGGAAAGGGUCAAGAGCCAGCAGUGCAGGCACAAUCGCAGCCAUCCAUGGGUGUCCAGGAUCAGCCUCUACAGGAACAAAACCUCCCGGAGAGCUCCGUCCUCUCUGGGCAGAGCCGUCUCUCUUUGUGCCUCGAAGCGGCAGGACCCGACCUCCAAGACAGAGAGGACUCCCAGAGUGUUGAAUCUCUGUGUGAUUCAACACCGACCACUCAAGGAGAAAAGGAACCGGAAGAAGUUAAGGUCAGUCAGGCUAAGAGCUCUUCAUGCCCCACACACCAGCACUCAUCCAUGGGAUCAUCCGGUGCUACGGUGGCCUCUCCUGGAGGAGACAGUGUUGGUGUGAUCCCUGGAUCUACUUAUUCUGCGGUUCUGGAUCGUUCUCACUUUGGCGGAUUUGUCGAGCGCAUUUUCAUCAGCAAUGAAGAAGAUCCAAUCAUACUGAAUAUUCUAGAAGAUACAGAUUUGGAGGGGCAAAAUACACCUGCAGAGCUAAUUAUUGAGGAGCCCUUUGGAGAUGGACUGAGUAAAGUGACAGAUGAACACAGUAUCUCACAGCUGGGCUUGGUGUCCGAGAAGGAAGCUAAAUGGAGCUGUGGGUCAGCUGAGGUUGAUCGUGAAAGAACCGAAUCUUCAACAGAGCUUAAUUUCCUCAACGUACACACUCCGACAAACUCAAACGUGCCAGGUGUGGACACGCAACCUGGCCUUCAUGUCAGUGUUCACACACACAAGUCUGACAUUUUACCAGACCUUGACAGAGCAUGUCAUUUGGAGCCACAGUGGGGAAGUCCCAAGUUUAUUAUGCCCCUAGCUCCUCUCGGUGUCAGCUACUCCUCUGUCUGUCGGACAAGCAGAAGUUUGGAAGGAGAUCAAACUUGUAGCAAAAGGUCUCUCAAUGACAACAGAGACCUCAUUUGUGAUCACGUACAACCUUGCGUUCUCUGGCCGACCUCAGAUAGGAUUACUGACAAACCGUGUUUGGAAGGUAAUGAGGAGUUGAUUCAUAAAGGAAAUACAAUAGACUCCUCUGAGAAAUCUUCACCAGACGGGCAACUGGACUUCAUCACUGCUGACACUGCAGAUAAUUUCCUCACUGCGAGAAAAAAAGCACUUGUGGAGUUUAAUGACCUCAGUAGAGAACUAUCAAACUUGGCUGUUGACCCUGCUGAUCAUUUCUUUAUCUCAAAGAAGAACCGUGUUGCAUUCAUCACUUUAGAUUUAAAUGACCCCUUUGUGCCCAGGGCUGCAAAACCCAUCGCCGCAGCCGUUAAAUCUGAGAAGGCUGAGUUAAAUCAGAACACAGCUGAAAAGAUGCCUCACAAAACCCACAAGUCCACCUCAGACAGCAAAACACGCUCCAAAAAGUCAGCUGGUCAUCAUGGUGCACAAGCUUGCAAGAAACAGGAGAAUUUGUCUCACCAUGUUUCAGCUCAGCAGGUCUGCAAACAACAAGACUCUUGUCCUCUUACUGGAGAAAAUCAAACCAGCGAGAACACGCCAGCUGGGCUUGAGGAUAAGGAGGCUAAAUUGGUGAUUGAGACUAGUGUGACAACUGACAAGGCUUCAAGCAAGCCACAUGGCAAAAAGAAAAAGAAACAUGCUCAGAACGCAACAGGAUUGAAAAGUGUAGAGGAGUCACUGGCCGAAGUGGAGAAUGGAGCCAAACCAAAGACUGCAAAAGGAAGGAUUGAUAUGUUUGAGGCCAAGCUGGGUGCUAAAGCUGGGAAAGCUCAAAAGGACAGUGAUCAGUCACAACCACAGGCUAAAGCUUCCCAGAGAGAACAACCUCCACAUCCUUCAGACCAUAAAGACCACCAGCCAAAAAAAUUCACCAGUCCCCUGAGCGAUGAUAUUAUUAAAAGACGACGCCUGUCAGAGGAUAAGUUUGGGAAGAUUGUCAGGGGUUUGGAGUCUAAACUACCCAAGCCAGAUGUUUCUAUCCAGGCAAAGGGAGAGGAGCCUGUGGUAGAUGCCUGUCCAACUCAUAAGAAAGCGUACAGUGAAGUGGUCAAACAGAAAAUCCCACCUAAAGAAGACCUCAAGGUGGUGCAGCCUAUCCAGGCAGUGUCAGUGAGUGGGGACCCCCAGAGUCUAUGCUUGUGGUGUCUGUUUGCGGCUGUCUUCUCCCACCACACUGUCACCUGGAGCAGAGGGGACGCUGUCCUGGCUGAGACCAAAAGAAGUGCAGGGGAUGAGAGCAGAGUGUCACUAACCAUCUCCAACGCUUCUCACAAAGACUUGGGCAAGUACCAGUGUCGGCUCACCACUUUACAUGGAUCAGUCACUUUGGACUACCUGCUCACAUAUGAAGUGCUCAGUGAGAUUGUCAUCCCUCCAUCUCAAAAGACCAUCUCAUCUGCUCCUGUGCCGGUGAGCAGCGAAGAAGAGGAUGUCCACUGUUCCAGGUUGAUUUUCAAAGAGGAUUUUCUAGCUAACCAAUACUUUGGAGAGAACCAGCCUGCCAGCAUCAUCACUGAAAAGGUUCACUUUGGGGAGGGGAUGCACCGGCGGGCUUUCCGGACCAAGCUGCAUGCAGGUCACAUACCCAUGUUACUACCUGGACACUCCUGUGUGCUCAAAGUACACAAUGCUAUCAGCUACGGGACCAAGAACAACGACGAGCUUGUUGAGAGGAACUUUACCUUGGCUGUAGAAGAGUGCCAUGUCCAGAACACAGCAAGAGAGUACAUCAAGGCGUACACCACUGCAGCCCAGUCUGUUGAAGCCUUCGGAGAAAUCCCAGAGAUCAUUCCCAUCUACCUGGUUCACCGUCCAUCCAAUGACAUCCCGUACGCCACACUGGAGGAGGAGCUGAUUGGUGACUUUGUCAAGUAUUCGGUCAAGGAUGGCAAAGAGAUCAACCUGAUGAGACGCGACUCGGAGGCAGGACAGAAGUGUUGUGCUUUCCAACACUGGGUCUACCAUAAAACUGAGGGUAACCUUCUGGUUACUGACAUGCAAGGAGUAGGAAUGAGGCUUACUGAUGUGGGAAUAGCCACCUGUAAGAAAGGAUAUAGGGGCUUCAAAGGAAACUGUGCCACGUCUUUCAUUGACCAGUUCAAAGCCUUGCACCAGUGCAACAAGUACUGUGAGAUCCUGGGCCUCAAAUCCCUGCAGCCCAAAGCUAAAAAGCCUGCAUCUGCUCCGAAACCUAAACCCCAAACCUCUGCUGCACCAAAGAAGAAAUCAUUUGGGCCCACAGUGAAGGGCAAGUCAUAAUAGGAGAAGAAUCUUGGGCUACGGUUUUAAUUGUUAUUGAAAUGGUGAGGGUAUUGAUGAUUAGAUUCUCUCAAGUUGGACCUCGUCAUGCAGAGGUUGGCCUGUAAGGAAGAAAGGUUUUGGGCUGCAGCAGGCCAGUGCAUGGAGGAAACACAUGCGUUUGACUGAACGGAGCAAUCUUUAAGCAACCAGCAUCUGUAGUUUCAUAAGAGUUUUUGCUUCAUCUCAUGUUGAACAUUUGAGAAAUAUAUUUUAAUUUAAUGAAGAUUUCACCAGAGAUUGUUUCUGUAUGAGAGAGUAUAAUCUAGGGGUGGAAACUUUAUUUAGUUUUGGGAAAACUGUGACAAAUUUAACGAACACUUGAAAAUGAUGAUGAGAAUGGUGAGUUUGUCAACAGUGUUGAACUGUGAUGUCUUUGAUGAUUUAGACUUUAUUGAUGAGUGAGAUUUUCAUGUUUUUUCUACUUGUUUUCAAAAUAUUAGUUCAUUAAAUUAAUGAACAUGUUGAUUAAUUGAUUGGAGGAAAUUUCUUUCAAGUAGGUUGUAUGAAAAAAUACACACAGUACAGGACAUGUAUUAUUUUUGGUUACACAGUAUGAGUGGGUCAUUUUUGUUUGGUGGUAUUUCAUGAUCGUGUAUUCAGUUCAGUGUUGCAUUAUUAUUAUAGUUUGUUCAUUUAGUAACGGCACUGAUUCAGGAUGAGUUUAUAUUUUUAUUCUGGAAACAACACAAAGACAUUUUGUACACAUAAAGCUCAUGUAAAGUAGGCCUUUCAAUGUAUUCACUGAAAAAUGUGAAGAUUUAUUGAUUUGUCAUGUUAUCUAGGGCAGUUCUGCUUGUUAAAUUGAUUUCAAUUGAUUGAUUGAAUGUCUGGCAUCAUUUCAAGGAUCUAUACUUUAUACGGUCUAGCUCAAACUAGGUGAAAGACAAAUCUGGACCCAGUAAUCACACCACACUAACCUUACAUCCAGAGCAAAAUCUACUUGCAUACACAGUCCAUUGGAUGCUAGCUAUGCUAACUGCAAUCUCAAACAGUCUUGUAUAAUAAAACCCUCUGUCUGUCUCUCACUGUUGCCUUUUAAAUCCUUGACCCAAAUUGCUGACAUAGCUCUCAGUUUGUGUCUAUGGCCAAGAGUAGAUCUUUGAUAUUAAAGAGAGGUUGCUGGUUGAAGAUGCUGUCUAUGUGAAUAUGCAAAUAUCUGUCUAUCUUUGCACAUGGGGCUGGGGUUAAAGGUCCUAUUUAAUUCUUAGGAAUGCUUAAUGUGCUAAAGUUUACUCUAUAGACACAGAUAAAAAGCAAUGAGUUUAUUUACGUCAUUUGCAUGGAUGAAGACAAUUGCGCAAUCAUAAAAUAUAGCAUUAUCAUAGUUACAAUUUGAUUGCCUAUUCACAUGUUUAAAAGGUUUGAAUGAUGACAACACAAGAAAUGACAGCUGCGUGAAAACAAAUGGGCCAUCUAUUCUUACCUAUGCUUAUAGGAGCAGGUCUCCAGCACCAAAUUAGCGCCUCAAACGCUAAAGUAAGUGGGUCACGCUCGGAGGCUCAAGAGCAUGCACAAUGUAUUAACAGUCUGCAUAUUUAUUUUCAUCUCUGCCCCUCCUGCAUGGUGUAAUGUGUCCUAAGCCAUAGGCACUACGAACAGACGGGGAAGUGUUGUUAGGACUUACAGUAUAAAAAAGGAAACUAUUAAAAAUGAAAGGGGGGGGGGAAUAUACAGAAGCCACAAAAAACAAAUGGCAGAAAGAAAAAAAAACAACCAAUCAGCCAACCGGGAAAC